CCUCUCGCGGGCUUUGUUUUGACAAUGGCGGUAGGGUUCGAAAAUUCAGUUUGUUUUACUUGGGUUACGUUUUCUUUUACACAAGCAAAGCGGGGUUUUUUUCUUGUGCGUAACAGGUCAUUACAAAUUAAUGUUAAAAACAUUAAUGAUGCCGUGAAUGUACGCGUUUAGUUAGUAAUACAACAGCCGUUUAAAACGUUGCGUCUGGGGUUAAACAUUAUACCGGGAGGCGUAAACAGGUAGGUCUUUUAACUGCUACGUCAUGUAAAUAAAAUGCUCACCAUUCUGGGCGUUUAACUGCACCGAAACAAAUGCCUCGGAUGCGGUACGACUAGCGUUUAUUUAGAAAGCGGCACAGCUGGGACUAGGCCGUGUUUAUACAGGCAUGAUCGGUGGCAUCUUCUCUGGAACCUGGAUCCUUAGACAGCGUUCUAGACGUCGCUCAUUCACGGUAGCGUUAACGCUUGACCUGUCACCGUAAUCUGUCUAAUCCCGGAUUAGCAAAGGCUUCCCGAAAGCACCUCGCUCGGCAUGUCCUCUCCGUCCGAGCUGCGCUGCUCCCCGGCGGACUUCUUGACCAGGUGGAUGCCGAGCAGCACCAGAGCCGGGGUGAUCCUGGGCCCGUCCCCGGAGCUGGCCGGCUCCAUGCGGCACGUCGCUGCCGCCGUGCCCGAUCCGCGGCACCCGGACGACUCGUUCGCCUCGGAUUUCGCCCCGCUGCCUGCCUCCGCGGACAGCAGCUGCCUGGACGUGGGCGGAUGCGGAGAGGGAAGCAGGCCGGGCAGCGAGCUGUCUCCUGCGCCACACGGGAUGUCAGAGGGACACGUCGGGAGUUUGGAGGAAAUGGCGAGUAAAGCUCGGGACCUGCCCCUGAUGGUGAAGCUGGAAGAGCUGAGGAGAUGGCAGCAGCACGUGCACGAGCAGCUGAAAGCCCAGCAGCUGGAGGAGCUGCUGAGUCUGCAGGAGGAGCAGCAGAGACUGCUGGGGAUAGUCAACGUGUCUCACAACAGCCCGGCAGGAAGCCCGGGGUUGCCGGCAGCGCAACGGCGAACGGACGCGAUCCGGGCCAGCCCCGAUGGGAAGCGCACCGAGACGAGCCGUGGCCUCCAGCAGGAGCUGCAGCUCUCACCAACACGCUGGCAGGAGCGGCUCUCUGCACACCCAGGAUGUGAGGACGACAACAGCAACCAGGGCAGGUGGGACUCCAGCGAGGAGAACCCGGAGCAGAGUGUAGACCCGAGACCUUUUUCUGAGCCGGACGAUGCUUUGGUGCAACCUGAAGCCAGUAGCAGACAGCAGGAAAAGGCCUUACAUGACAGGCCUAUUAAACCAGGUAUUGGGGGGCAGAAGAAAACCUUUGAGGAGCUGCUGGAGGAGCAGCUGAGGCUGGAGGAGCAGAGGCUGAGGUCCGCCCAGCAGCCACGUGAGCCAGCCAGACCCGACGCUGCAGGCCCACCCAAGAGGCCCUUUCUGAAGCGAGGCGAGGGCCUUUCCAGAUUUACCAGCGGCGCCAAAGCUCCAGCGGCGCAGGCGCGGGACAAGAAGGAGCAGAGACCAGCAGCUGAUCCCAGAGCCAUCCCCCGGAGCCACGCUGCUCCCGCUUCCACCCUGAAGGCCAGUUCCCACGCCGCCCCGCUGCUUCCUGUCCAACGCAAAACCGCUGUCCUCAACAAGGAGAACCGAGGCAGGGGAGCCUGUUCGCCGCCUGAGAGCAGGGCGCCGCGGACAAAGGUUCUGGGGAACCAUCAGAGGCAGAACACCGGACCGGCGGCCAUCCGAGCCGAGCCGGAGGCCGGACAGGUAAAGCGCCUGCCGGGGCAGGAGAAGGAGCACGAUGCGGGCGUUUCAGUUCAGGCCGCGAGGAACAGCGGUCCCGACCCGCAGCCCAACCCUGUAACCAGAGAGGUGGGAGUGUCGGGAGGGCCAGGGAGGCCCGGUAGGGAUGCCGGGAAAGAGAGGAGCUCUGGUCCUGAAGCGGCAGCAGCAGCAGAAGCUGGGUCCGGGGACGGAGGAGGACCGCCGCGGGAUUCCUUCGACUCGUCGUUCCAGGAGAAGCUGCGGCGCUGGGAGUGCCGGCGGCAGCUGGAGAACAUGGAGCUGGGAGAGUUCGAGCUGCUGGAGCAGGCGGCCGAGGAGCUGUCCUUCUCGUCAAACUCCUCCUUCAUCAUGAAGGUCCUUCACCUGGACCAGCAGAAGAGGCAGGCUGCCAUCGGGCUCCACCAGAGACGCCUGUCCUCCACCCCCAUCAAGCUGACGUCGGCGAGCGAGGCUCAGGGGAGCGGAGGUGGGCGGCGCGCCGAGGGGUCAGGGCGUGAGGGCUCUCCCCAGGAGUCGGCAGCGUCUGGGAGGAGCGAGACGGGAGGACAGGGAUCUGGAAGGAAAGACGAGGAUGACAGCGGCUCUGAGUUCGGAGACGUCCAGCUUAAAGGGCCGCUUCGCUUCUCUGCCUCCUCUAACCCUGCAUACGACAAGCGGUCGUACCAAGAUGAGGACGGUGUCGGGGAUUCAGCGUCAGACGGGGCAGAAGAAGAGGAGGAGGAGGAGGAGGAGGAGGAGGAGAGCAACAGCGUUGGCAGCAGCGCUGAUGAUUCCACUCUGAUGGAGGACGGGGACAGCCAGCAGAGGAGGGUUAUAUUCGACGACGACGACACGUGGACAGACGCCAACGACUCGGCCGCCAGCAGGGAGGGGGGCAGCGGGCCGGUCAGUCCGGGCCCACAGCCGGCAGCUAGGGGGGCUGCGGCGCAGGAGGAGUGUGCGUCAAGGAGCGUAGCGGUGAGCAGACCCGCGGAGGCCGAUCCCGCACCUGCCUCUCAACUCAUGACCCGGCUCUUCCCGUCGCUGAGGCCAAAGCCUCCGCCGCCCGCUCCCCCGGCUGCCUCAGAGAGCAAGAAGCCACAGGACGAGCCAGCCCAGCAGGUCGGGUCCAGACAGCUCAGGGAGAGACUGGCAGAGCUGGAGAUCGAGAUCGAGAGGUUUAAGAAGGAGAACGCGGCGCUCAGCACACUCAGGCAGGAGAACGAGAAAAGACAGGAGGAGCUCAGGAAGGAGCGUUUGGCGUUCGAACGGACAAAGGCCGAGGAGCUGGCCAAGUUCGAGGAGCACAAGAAGGAAGAGAGCAGGAGGCUGCAGAAAGAGCGCAGCCUGUUUGAGAAACACGCAGCAGCAGCCAGAGCCGUGCCUGACAGGAAGGAGCGAGAGCAAAUCCAGUCGCUGAAGCAGCAGCUGAGCUCCCUGCAGGAGGAGCUGAAGAGGAGGGAGAGUCGCUGGGCCUCCGCUCACAGCCGGCUGCGACUGCAGGUGGACUCCCUGAACCAGGAGAACGACUCGCUGCGGGACGAGAUUCGAACGCUGGAGAAGCUGCGCCUGAGUGGCUGGAGGACGAGCUCCGCCUCCGCAGAGAAAGGCGUCCAGACCAAAGACGGGCCCAGAGCAUCAGAGAGCGGCGUGCCCUCUGUGGCCAAAGGAGUAACAUUUGCAACCCCUCUGGACUCCAGAGGAAGCAGCUCCAGCCCGCCGCUGAGCAGCACGGCCGCAAGGAGCAACUCCAAGGAGAGCAGUCAAGGAGGUGCAGGGAUGAAGAGCAGCCUGAGGAGGUCAGCUGCUUCAGGGCCAUCAUCAUCCUCACCUUCAACGUUUUCUGGUCAAAGGAUGGAGGAAAACCCAAGAGCUGCCGGCAAGAGCCAGGAAAAGCCUUCCCACCAAAAACCCGACCACUCACAAGACUGCUCUCCAAGAAUGGACGUGGUGCCGCAACAAGCAGGAGGCUGGGAGGCUAACGAGGAAGAGCGACCUCAGGAGGUGAUCACACACCCUGAUGGCAAGAUGGAGACGGUUCUGGCUAGUGGCGACCGUCUCAUCGUCUUCCCCAACGGGACCAGGAAGGAGGUGUCCGCAGACGGGCUGUCAGCCAAAGUCACCUUCUUUAACGGAGACACGAAACAAAUCACAGCCGAUCAGAGAGUGAUCUACUACUAUGCUGAGGCUCAGACGACGCACAUCACAUACCCCGAUGGUAUGGAGGUCCUGCACUUUCCCAACAACCAGACAGAAAAGCAUUUUCCAGACGGCCGCAAAGAAAUCACGUUCCCAGAUCAGACGGUGAAGAACUUGUUUCCUGACGGCAGGGAGGAGAGCGUGCUGACAGACGGCACCAUCAUCCAGGUCAACCCCGACGGCACCAAAGAGAUCCACUUCAACACGGGCCAGAAGGAAAUCCACACGGCCGAAUACAAAAGGCGGGAGUAUCCAGACGGUACAGUGAAGACUGUUUACACCGACGGCAGGCAAGAAACCCGCUACCCAACGGGGCGGCUCCGGGUCAAAGACAAAGAUGGAAACGUGGUCCUGGACAACCGGGCAUAACGUUCAGCAUUAUGCCAUCAGAGCGAACAUUUGCAUUUGUUCAUUCUGUGUCACACUUUAAAUAUCAAUGGUUGAAACAAGAGACCAGACUGAGCUCAGCCUAAUCCCAUUUGGUGCCUCUUUUUUAAAGCAUUAAAUCCAAAUGCCAGACAAAAAGGUAACUACAUUAGACUUGUUUUAUUUUAUUUUUAUUGUGUAAAAAUAUUGCAUAUUUAUUUUGU